UCAGCACCCACCGUUCAUCCUAUUCUCCUUCCCUUCCCCACUCUUCGAAAAAAUUCACACCAACACCACACCACACCACACCACACCACACCACGUCACCAACUUAAUCACACAUUCAAGAUCUCUUAUUUUCUCUCUCUCUAACACUUUCUCUAUCUAAAUUUCGAAUUUCCAAAACCCUAGCUUCCUGAUCCAUCAACUCAUGGCCGAAGAACCUGCGGCGACGCCGUUUCCACAGCAAUCAACGCCGGCGGCUGUGCCGUUAGGAGGCUCCGUCAUACCUAUAGUGAAUAAGCUACAGGAUAUCUUUGCUCAGCUUGGGAGUCAGUCCACGAUUGAGCUUCCGCAAGUGGCGGUGGUCGGCAGUCAAAGCAGCGGCAAGUCCAGUGUUCUAGAAGCUCUCGUCGGUCGCGAUUUUCUACCGCGUGGGAAUGAUAUUUGUACUCGUCGUCCGCUCGUGCUUCAACUCCUGCAGAUUAAGACUGACGAGGAGUACGGCGAGUUUUUGCACUUGCCUGGGAAGAGGUUUUAUGAUUUUUCAGAGAUCAGGAGAGAGAUUCAGGCUCAAACAGACAAGGAAGCAGGAGGAAACAAAGGUGUAUCAGACAAGCAAAUUCGGUUGAAGAUUUUUUCUCCUCAUGUUCUUGAUAUCACACUUGUUGAUCUGCCUGGUAUAACAAAGGUUCCCGUGGGUGAGCAGCCCGCUGAUAUUGAAGCACGAAUCAGAACAAUGAUUAUGUCUUACAUCAAACAACCAAGCUGUCUUAUUCUAGCUGUUACACCAGCAAAUUCUGAUUUAGCAAACUCAGAUGCUCUUCAAAUUGCUGGAAUUGCUGAUCCAGAUGGUUACAGAACCAUAGGAGUAAUCACGAAGUUGGAUAUUAUGGACAGAGGUACUGAUGCUCGUAAUUUUUUGCUUGGUAAAGUAAUUCCCCUCCGACUUGGUUAUGUAGGCGUCGUGAAUCGUAGUCAGGAGGAUAUUAUUCACAACCGAAGUAUUAAGGAUGCACUAGUGGCUGAGGAAAAGUUCUUCCGCAGUCGACCGGUAUAUAAUGGUCUAGCAGAUCGUUGUGGUGUUCCUCAGUUGGCAAAGAAAUUGAACCAGAUUCUAGUACAACAUAUCAAGGCUAUACUUCCAGGGCUAAAGUCACGCAUAAGCUCUGCCCUGGUUUCUGUUGCAAAGGAGCAUGCAAGCUAUGGAGAAAUCACAGAAUCAAAGGCUGGUCAGGGAGCUCUUCUCCUAAAUAUUCUUUCUAAAUACUCCGAAGCAUUUUCUUCAAUGGUAGAGGGAAAAAAUGAGGAAAUGUCAACAUCUGAGCUUUCUGGGGGAGCAAGAAUUCAUUAUAUAUUUCAAUCAAUCUUUGUGAAGAGUUUAGAGGAAGUUGAUCCAUGUGAGGACUUGACUGAUGACGACAUUCGAACUGCCAUUCAGAAUGCAACUGGUCCUAAGUCUGCACUAUUUGUACCGGAAGUACCAUUUGAAGUUCUUGUUCGAAGGCAAAUUGCUCGUUUGUUAGAUCCAAGCCUUCAGUGUGCCAGGUUCAUAUAUGAUGAGUUGAUAAAGAUUAGCCAUCACUGUCUUGUGAAUGAACUGCAACGCUUUCCUGUUCUCAGAAAGCGUAUGGAUGAAGUUAUAGGGAACUUUCUGCGUGAAGGCCUUGAACCCUCUGAGACAAUGAUUGGACACAUUAUUGAAAUGGAGAUGGACUAUAUAAACACUUCCCAUCCAAAUUUUAUUGGUGGAAGUAAGGCUGUUGAGGUUGCUCUGCAACAGAUUAAGUCUACUAAGAUUCCUCUACCAAUAGGGAGGCCAAAGGAUGGUGUGGAGUCUGAUAAGGUGCCAACAUCUGAAAGAAGCUUAAAGUCUCGAGCUAUUCUUGCAAGACAAGUUAAUGGAAUUGUGGCUGAUCAGGUAGUCCGGCCUAUGGCAGAAGUUGAAAAAGUUGCAUCCUCUGGAAACACAAGUGGUUCAAGUUGGGGAAUUUCAUCUAUUUUUGGUGGAAGUGAUAGUCGCAUGUCUGCUGCUAAAGAGAGCUCAACAACCAAGCAAUAUAGUGAACCCGUUCAGAGCAUGGAGGAAGCUUUCUCUAUGAUCCAUUUGAGAGAGCCCCCAACUGUGUUGAGGCCCUCAGAAAGCCAUUCAGAGCAGGAGUCUAUUGAAAUUUCUGUGACAAAAUUGUUAUUGCGAUCAUACUAUGACAUUGUUAGGAAGAAUAUUGAGGACUCUGUACCUAAAGCAAUUAUGCAUUUCCUGGUGAACCAUACAAAACGCGAGUUGCAUAAUGUCUUCAUUAAAAAGCUUUACAGAGAGAACCUGUUUGAAGAGAUGUUGCAGGAGCCUGAUGAGGUAGCAACGAAGAGAAAGCGCACUCGAGAAACACUCCGGGUUCUUCAACAGGCUUUCCGGACACUGGAUGAAUUGCCAUUGGAGGCUGAAUCAGUUGAGAGGGGAUACAAUAUGGGUGCCGAUCCAACAGGGUUGCCAAAGAGUGAC